AUGCCCACUUUCCAGUCUAAGACCUUUCGUCGAGCGACCACCGCGUCGUCCUCGUUCGGGGACCGCCUCGGUGCAUUUUACCGGGCCCGACUUGCUCGACACCCAUUUCUUCUAUUUGGUCUUCCCUUCAUCGCCGUGAUUGUGGCGGGAUCAUUCGCUCUUACACCCGCAGCGGCCCUUAGGUACGAGCGAUACGAUCGCAAGGUUCAGCAGCUCAGCAAAGAUGAGGCGUUCGAACUGGGACUGAAAGGACCAGAAGGAGAAGAGGGAAUCAAGCGGAACCCACGCCGCAGAGUCAUUGGCGACGAACGAGAGGAAUACUACGUAUGGAUCGAUUUCCCUGGGAUGAUUCCAUUGCGAUCUAUUCAGGCGGAAUACUGA